AUGUACUUCUUCGCCCGAGUCAAGACCACCCUGAUGCCUACGCGCCCGCUUGGCUCCAAGUUUGCACUGGGUUGGACAAAACUUCCAACUGAGCUCAAGGUUUCGAUCUUGGAGGUCAAUCUCAAAACACAUGUGUUGUUUCAUCACCUCAGAAUGACGCCUGAAAUUGCGACGCUCGCUAAGGGAAUUUACUACACAUCGAGUGCUAUUAGGUUGGAAGUCGGACUAGGUUUCUUCAUUUCGAGUGGUCUGAAAUAUCCCAGUCGCACGAUGAAUCACCUAGUGCAUCGCCUCGAGGUCGGGCUCCGGCUAGGGAAUCCAAACCAAUGGUCCCAAUUAGAAAAGGUGGCAAGUGGUCGCCUCGGAUUCCUAGACCUUGAGCACGUCCAAGUGCACAUAUGUGAGUGGGGAUUCAAAUUCACAGAUCUUACGAUCGAGACGUCGGAUUCGAUCAAGGCGAGGAUAGACCGGGAGUGCAAGCAGUACAUCCAGUUUUCCUGUCAUGGAGAGCUCGUUUUCACUCCCAUCACGGGGAAAGGUGGGGCUAUUGUGCCCGCCGCUGUUCAGCAGCGCAUGCAGAAUAUGCUCACUUUUCGGGUCAAGUUCAAAGAAAACUUAGAGGAAGAGUUAUAG